AUGACGAAUCUACUACCGAAAAAGGAGGAUAUGACCACUAAAAUGCUGUUCAAAUUCAGUGAUAUAGUAGCGAUGUCAGCCCUUAUGAACGAGUUUCUGACGGUUCUCUUGUGCUCUUUAAUUCAGUGCUUUGUGAGCUUUCUUUCACUCGGUGUUGUAAACAUAGCUUCUUUGCAGAGCCAGGUUGACGGAAUAUACGCUAACCAUGCACUAUUGACUAUCAUAAAUGAUUUGGUGGGCAAGGAAGUGUUGGUAGAAGCAGUUGACGGGGCAAAAUAUUCGGGGAUAUUCACUGCAUGCUCUCCAGAAAAGCUGCCUCCAUCAUUCCUAUUUUAUCUUAGUUACCUGGAGGCAGAGUUUUCUGCCGUAUCUCCCUAG